AGGCAGCCGCCGGGUUUCCUGCUGACGCCGGAGAGCCGCGGAUGGGCAGGAGGGGCCGCCGCUGCUGCCUGUCCUCCCGCUCGCUGCUGCCUGUCCUCCCGCUCGCUGCCUGCCGCCCGGUCCCCGCCCGCCCCGCCGGGCGGAGCGCGGAGCGGCCUGGGCUGACGGCCGGCGCCGGGCGGGCGGGCGGGCGGAGGGGCCGCAGGUGCGGGGCAGGCCCGGGAAGCGCGGGGGCCGAGCGGCCGCGCUGGGGGAACGCGCCGGCCUCGUCCGGUGGGGGCGGGAAGGCCCCCGGUCGGGACAUGGCGACCCCCGCUGCUUGAAUGCGUCCAGCCGCCCCUCCGCCGCCGAUGGCCGAAGCCUGGAGGCUGGAGGAGGACGAGGAGGAGCUGCGGGAGCUCGGCAGGAGGCACCGGCGGGUCGCCCUGAGCUCGGCGGCAGAUCGCUCUGAAAGAAAUAAACCAGACUGCCGCUCUUCAGGCCAAGGACCUUUGUCGUCCAUAAGAGCAGCAAUCAAGAGAUCUUCUCGGAGCUCUAGCGAUCAGCAGAGGGAUAGAAGGCGUCCUGAAAUUACAAUAGUUGCUGCUGAACCCCUCCGGCCUUCCUCUUGGUUUCACGGUGCAAGCCCUGUCGCUCCUCAGGGAUUAGGAUUCCCUUCUGCUUCAUGUCAUGCUCAGUGGAGGAGAAAUGAGCAUAUUACAGUUGAGCUUCCACCAUCAUAUGAGCAGGUGAUAAAAGAAAUCAAUCAAGUGCAAGUCAAUACAACAAAUAACAAUAAUGCCGCUGCUCCUAGACAAACCACUACUUCUGCAACACAAACUGAUUUUCCAGAGGAACUAAGUGGCCAUUUGUCAGGAAAAACUAGUGUGCCUACACACUUGGAAUCUGCAGGCUAUCCAGCAGGGCAGAGUCCUCUUAAGCCUCCUAGGCCUUCUGCGUCUCUCCUGAAUAGGUGUCCUUCAGAAAAUGAGAAUCCUUUAAUAGUCUUUGAAAUUUCUGAAGAACAGAGGUGCCAAGAAAAUCCCAAUGCUGUGGUAUGUCCUGUGCCAAAGCCAAGAUCAAGAAGCAAUCUCAGACCUGUGGUCAAAAAUACUGAAAGUAAGAUAGACAAUGGAGAAGAAGUGAACCAGUCUACCACAAAAAGGCAGCAACAUCCAAUUCAGCAGUCACCUCUCUUAGAUGAUAGCUUGCCAGACAAUCACUUGGUGAUGGACAGCAUGAGUACAGAAAAGAGCCAAAGUAGUAUUGUUUCAAGGAUCAAAGUUUUUGAGUCCCAAGGAACUAACAAUACCUCAGGAUUAUCAAAAAAGCCAGAAAUUGCCCCUCGUUCAUUCGUCCCAAAACCUGUUACUGCAAAGAAGCCAGUAGUUGCUCCAAAGCCAGGGCUAAGUAGAGUUUCAGGAGACUGGGAUGCAUGGACAGAAGGCACAUCAUCACCUUCCAAGGAAUUGCAGCCUCAACCUGAAGUAGUUGGGAGCAGUGUUGCAGCCAAACCAGAACUGCCACAGAAGCCAAAACCUGGCCUUGUUAAAAGUAGCAGUAGUGAUUUUCUUGAUGCAAGGAGUGGAUCAGUUGCAGAGAAUAGCAAUGGACAAAAGAAAUUUCCUGUUCCUGCUCCAAGGCCUCUCGUUCCUAAAAAAUCACAUUAUGCAGAAAAUCCUGCCCCUUCUUCGGCCUCACUAAAACUGAUUACUGCUCCCCCACGGGCUUCUGUGUCUACCCAAGAAAACGUUUUCAAGUCUCUGGGGGAAUUGUCACCUGCAGCUGACUCCUCAGUGCCUGCUUUGCAAAAUAAACCAGAUGUGGAAGGAGAUCUGAUAAGUUUUGAUGAUGACGUUUUGCCUCUAAGUCCAACUUGUGUAGUUAAAGAUAGCAUCAGUUCUGAAGCAGCAGCAGAUCCAUUUCAGUUCCUCACCAAAAGUGAACCUGGAAAGGAACAGACAGCUCAACCAGCUGUAGCCCGGAAACCCACUGUGAUCCGAAUCCCAGCUAAACCUGGGAAAUCUUUAAGUGAAGUCCCACACAGCCCUCCUCCACUUCCUGCUGAAAAGCCUAUUGGGAACACCUCUGAUAUCACAGUGGGAAAGCCCAGCAGUGCUGACCUAGUAAAAAAAGUGGAGUUGGAUCAUUCAGAACAGGGUGGAGUGCCUCCGCUAGAACCUGUACUACCCCCAAGGCCUGUGGAUGGAAAAAUAAUACCUGCUCGGCCUCCUCCACCAAAAGGUGUUCCUGGAAGGCCACCUCCACCAAAACUCUCUGCAGCCAAGACUUCCUCCCAGAAGGAUGCUCUUCCACGAUCUAUUUCUGACGUUGCUCCUGAUAAAAAACCCAGCAAGUUCAGAUUGGGACCCAAGAGAGCAAAAAGUCAAGUCUUUAAAACUCCAGAUCCAGCAUUACCUCCUAGACCUAAACCAGGUCAUCCUCUCUACAGUAAAUACAUGUUACCUGUGCCUCAUGGAGUUGCCAAGGAAGGUUGUCUUCCCAGGAACCCUGGAGAACUGGCCUGUAAGGAUUCAAAGCACCCUCCAACAGCCUCUGACACAAGUGGACCUCAUGCUGUAGUCUUGCAUGAUUUUCCUGCAGAGCAUGCUGAUGACUUGGACCUUCAUUCUGGAGACACCGUUUGUCUGUUGGAGAAAAUCGAUACCGAGUGGUACAGAGGAAACUGUGGGAAUCGCACAGGGAUAUUUCCUGCCAGCUUCGUUAAAGUGAUCAUUGAUGUACCAGAAGAAGGGAACAGGAAAAAAAUACCCUGUUCAUCACGAUGUAUUAAAGUCCCAAGAUGUGUAGCACGCUUUGAAUAUAUUGGAGAUCAGAAAGAUGAGCUCAGUUUUUCAGAAGGUGAAACCAUCAUCCUUAAAGAAUAUGUAAAUGAAGAGUGGGCCAAAGGAGAGCUCAGAGGCAUGUCUGGAAUUUUUCCCUUGAACUUUGUGGAAAUAAUUGAAGACCUGCCUGGAAAAGGUUCUGGAGCAGCACUGAAGAACAAGGUGGAGGUUUCUUCUUCCCUUCCUCAGAACAACAGACGCUCAGCAGAGUGGUGUGAAGCACUUCAUGAUUUUACAGCAGAAACCAAAGAUGACUUAUCUUUUCAAAAGGGAGACUACAUCCAAAUACUGGAAAAAGUAGAUUCAGAGUGGUACAGAGGAAGACUGAAUGAACAGGAAGGGAUUUUCCCAGCAGUUUUUGUUCAGACCUGCUCAGCCAGGGUAGAGCUGUCACAGUCUGUAGGAGGAAAGAAAGGAAAAGCCAAAGCUCUUUAUGAUUUUCAUGGAGAAAAUGAAGAUGAGCUUUCCUUCAAAGCAGGUGAUACAAUAACAGAGCUGGAAUCUGUAGACGAGGACUGGAUGAGUGGAGAGAUACAAGGGAAGUCUGGGAUAUUUCCCAAGAACUUCGUUCAGAUUUUAAAAAGACCAUGAAGUGUUGCCUCUCUUUGUACUCCCUGCAUAUGGGAGAGAAUAUUUUCUAUCCUAAAGGCACAGCAAAGACAUCAACAUGUUUUGACUAUCAAUGUUUUGCACUACUUUUUCUAGACAGUCAUACUAGUAUCUUGAAGUCAAAUAAGAAAACUAGUCUUUUGUGACAGUGUAUGUAGUUAUGCUUCGUGAAUGCUCUGAGAGCAAAUACAAGCUGGAUUUUUAGCAGUUUCCAACUACGGAGAUACUGUGGUGCAACACCAUUUUAACUUAAAUAGCAUUCUAGUAUGUUUACUAUCUGGUAUUACAUUUAUCAUGCACAAAGUCUGCAUAAAAUAAGCUUCUUGGGCUUCUUUAAAAACUUUUUAAAAUCCCAAUUUAAAACAUUGUUUUUAAGAUAUAACUACAGCACUCAGUAUGUAGAUGAAGUUUGAUAUUCAGGUUUCAUCACUGCCUUGACUUCCACAAUAGCAGUACAAUCCACUUGUUUUAUGACUUACAAAGAAUAAGGAAGAUAAAUGAUAUUUCAUAGUAGAAAAAUAACAAAUCUGAUACUGGUUAGAGGGAAAAACUCUGAAGGAAAUCCUUGUGUUGUAUUCUUCUAUUCUUAGCCCAAGCUGCUCAUACAGGAAGAUCACAAAAAUUAAAACUUUAAGUACUCUGUCUCUUAAUGAAUAGUGUUCGAAUUGGUAUGAGUCACCUGAGACCUUCCUCCCUCCCCCCCAAAUAAUUUCCAGACAAAGGUUUAGAUUUUUCUGCUGCUCACUGUUCUUCAAGCACCAUCAUCCCCUUCUUUCCCAGCUGAAGUCAGUUGUGACAGACAGCAUUUACUGAGCUUUCUCAGAUCCCCUCCAUGCAGUAGCUGCACUAUUUCAACUAUUUGCCCCUCCACCCCCUUCAUGUAAGUGGAAAACCAGUCUUCACUCAGUCUGCAUUUCAUUUGUCACUCAAGCACUGGAACAUACUUCAGUAACACUAUUCCUGUCUUUAACAUGAAGGAUAUUAUACAGCCUUGGUUUUAGCUUUCAGCAGACAUGGGAUUAGUUUUCAGUUUGUUACCACAUACCAACUAUACUGAGCAUCAUUAUAAAUGGUCUUUAGAGGCCUUAAGGAAAACAUGCCUGUCAAGAGGUUACUUCAAGAAGCUUUAACAAAAGCAUUUAGUAAAAAGUAGCUCUGUGACUUAAUGACAAACUAAGACAGACAUUAUUGAGGUAGCUUCAAAUUAUAGGAACUGCUCAUAGUAAAUUCCUUUUUGCAACACUUGGCUUCUGACAAAAUAGCUAAAUGCAUCUUGAUUAACUGCUAACUUCAUCAGACUGGAAUAGAAAAAAUUCUGCUGCAGUUGGCUCUUUCAUUGCUGACAGUAUUCCACCACUUUUGUACUAUGUAACAAAAAGGAACCAGUAAGCUGUUAGCACAAGUCAUUACUUCAGAGAUGCAGGUCACACUAGGUAUAUGAAGAUACCCUUACAGUAUUUUUCUUUGUGAGUCUGGAAGUUCAGGUUGCAAAAGGGCCAACAGUUGAGUUGCAUGUGGAGAUUGGAAAUUAGAACCAGCAGAACUGACCUUGAGAAUUUUGAUUUAGUCACUUGCCUGCCUACAGCUUUACUGAUACAAGGUCCAGUUAUUACGGCAACAAAUACCUACUGCAACAGAAGACAGGGGUGCAUCUAAAUUGGUGUUUAAGCAAGCUGGUGAGGGUAGCCCUUCCAUCCCUGUGAACUGCACUUUGGUUACCAUCACAGCAGGCAGAAACAAGUUCACAGCCAAAACUGAACAGAAGGACUCCCCCAGUGCAGAGAACAGGUCCUCUGUGGCAGACUGGAGCUCACCUGAAGUGAGCCUGAGAAACGUGCAGCACAGACAUGAGGUGCUGGGCACCGUUUUGCUCUGCAGAGUCACUGUUAUGCCACAGUCCUUCCCAGUACAGACACAGGACAGGCAUUAGCCCUUCAAUUGUUUUGCCUUUUUUUUUUUUUUUCACUAGAAGCUUCAUUAAUGUGGAGUGUUGGAUAUUUAAACUGCACCAAUACCAUGCACACAACUGAGGAAUAAAGAUCACACUAAAUUUUAAUGAGCCAAGAACUGGAUUUCUACUUUCAUUAAAGGGAUUAACAAAAACAAUUAUAAAUUAUGUGCUCAUCUAAAAAGAUGGAAACACAACAAUUUAUACUAUUCAGUUUUACCAUCCCCAUCAAGCCUAUCUGGAACUCCUGCAGAAUGAAACUUUGACUACAUUCACCUCUGAGGACAAUCCUUCCCACUCUCCAAGCUCUCCUGCCAGGAGAUGCUAAAGCUUCUGGUUGUUUAUUCCAAUAAAAUAGCCAUCUCCUAGAGAAAUCCAAGGAAACAAAUACAUAGAUAGCUUUCCUGACUCCUGCAAGCCCCACUCAAGGCUUUCCAACUUAGUAUUUCAGUGUAUCACCCUAUUGAAACAGGCUGCUUCCACCAUGACCUAUGCCAACACAAUUUCUGAGCCUCCAGUGAGCACACGGGGACAACAGCAGAACCAAACGAAGCCCCCACCAACAGGUGCUCCAAAGACAUACCAUAUCAUUGUCAUGGUGGAAAAGGCUUAAGUGUAUCUUGUUUACUUACUGCUUGGCAGUUUUAUAAGAUUUUGAUACAAGUCUCAAAAGUAGAGCUGAUUUUUUUAAUAUUUGUUUUCAAUUUUCUCAUCUGUUUUUAUAACUAUGUAUUGACCAGUUGUUUAUGUAACUUCCACUGAAUGUUUAAAGUCAGUGCCUGUCAGCAAGACCACUGCUUUAUUUUAACCAUCUCCUCCCUAUUACACAGGGCAGGAAGAGCAGCAAAGCCUUAUAUUCAGAGCAAGGAGUGCCAUCUAAAGGCUGCUUGCAUUGUUGCAGGCAGCUGAAACAAAACUGAAACAAUUUAAACCCUUGGAUUUUACAGGAAGGGAUUUUCUUGAUGCCCAUUAUCACCAUAAAAAUGCGUAACAUAAAAUUCCGAAGGUGUACAGUACAUAAUUUGUAAAAAAACCCACAAAACCCCGAGAAUGAGGUGGAGCACAAAUCCUAACUGCAAUACAUUAGCAAAUUUCAGCUGUAACCUUGAAAUUCAGCUACAGCCCCACACGAGUAAGAUAAAAAAAGCCUUAUUUAUCAAAACAUUUUCUGUUUGACCAACCCUCUGGAAGUAUCUUCAGGAAGAUAUCUUUGUUCUGUGUACAAUUAACAGUGUCCUAAAUAAAUCUUUGUUGAGUCCAGUAAGUUUGUUACGGUACCUGUGUAAAUUAAGAAUGUAUUUAACCAAUAAAUUUUUAUAGUUAA